AAUCUUAGCGAAUUCAAAAUGGCGCCCCGUCAAUGACAGCAGUGGCACUAGCUCGCUGAAUAUUGUGGAUAUUUUAGUGCCAUCGUAUGUCCUCGACAGAAUGACACUUCUAAUUAGAGUAUCGAAACAAUUACAGAGGAAAUCUCUCCAAAAUCCUUUAUUGUAUAGGCUUUUAUCCGAGAGCUCGGCUUUACGAAAAGGCCCCGAGAGCAAAGAGGAGUGUAAAUGGUUGCACGGAUCGUCUCAGGAAAUUUUAUCCGUAGUGCGUGGGCAUGUUGAAGUUAGACAAAAUUUUAUCAGCGAGGAAGAGGAGAAUGCCCUUUUCAAAGAAGUAGAGACAGGACUUAGAAAAAAGCGAUACGAGUUUGACCACUGGGACGAUGCUAUUCACGGCUACAGAGAAACAGAGCGCCUGCAGUGGGGAGUUACCUGUGAAAGUGUCUUAAGGCGGGUGAGAGCUGUUGCAUUUCCUGAAGGCAGUCCACUGCUUGGGCCAAUUCAUGUUCUGGACCUGGAUAAAGAGGGCUAUAUCAAACCCCAUAUUGACAGUGUGAAGUUCUGUGGAAGCACUAUUGCAGGACUGAGCCUGUUGUCCGAUAGUGUUAUGAGAUUAGUCCCAGAAAAUAAAUCCACAGAUUGGGUGGACUUGCUUCUGAGUCGGCGCUCACUUUAUAUAUUAAGGGAUGAGGCUCGAUUUAAAUUCACCCAUGAAAUCCUGAAAGAUGAAGAAUCUUUUUUCUCAGGACAGAAGGUUCCACGUCAUCGCCGCAUCUCUGUAAUCUGUCGAAACCUGCCUGUGUAAAAGAACUGGCACUUGUCUUGGAAACGCUGUGGCUCUUUUAUAUCACUACCUUUGACUAGAGUUGUUCGUCUUUCAGAUACUCACACACACAGG